GAAGAGCGCGACUCUGGUCGCACGUCUUCUCGCGUACUCCACCAUCGUUGGCUCCCUCACCGCGGUCUUCUCCAUGAAUACUUAUGCACCUCACGGGGAGAACCAUACCACGUGGCCGAGGAUGGUUUUGCCUGAGCAUUACAUAAAAGAAAUAAGACCACCUACGAAGGGCCGAUCCCCAGUGGUCGUGCAUUUCAACAUAUUCGUCGUCGACAUAAACUCCAUCAACGUCGAAGACAUGGAUUUUCGGGUCGACAUGUUUAUCUACCAAACCUGGACGGAGUCCCGUUUGAGGAUGCCCCUCGAAAUUUUCGAAGACGGAGAGGACUACGUGACGCUUCCGCCCGAAUUUUUCGACCACAUCUGGCAGCCCGACCCGUAUUUCUUGAAUUCCAAGGUCUCGGAGAUCUCGGCGCUUAACAACAAGCACUCCUCCGUCACCCUCUACAGGAAUAAAACCGUCCGUUACGCGGCGCGAAUGCACGCAAUUAUCGCCUGUCAGAUGGAAUUUCAAUUUUAUCCGAUUGACAUGCAAGUUUGCCCGAUGUACAUCGAAAGCUUCUCCUACGACAGCGAAAAACUGAGCCUCCGAUGGGGCCCCGAGGGAGUCGUCGUCAACCCCGAGCUGAAGCUGCUCCAGUACAACUUGGAAAACCCGCUCAAGGCGGGCGAGUCGGUGAUAUUCAUAAACGAGAAAAAUGGCAACUUUUCGCGGCUGAUGGUCUUUUUCCAGUUCGAGCGUCAGAUCGGCCACCACUUGAUACAAACUUUCGCCCCUUCGAGUCUCGUGGUCAUGCUUUCUUGGUUCAGCUUCUGGCUCGGCCUCGACGCCAUCCCAGGACGUAUCACGCUCCUCGUAACGAGCAUGCUCACCCUCGUCACUAUGUUCACCGGCCUCAAGAGCGACAUACCGCCCGUCGCUUACGUCAAGGCUCUGGAUCUCUGGAUGGCUGGGUGCAUGUUCUUCGUUUUUUCGGCACUCGGCGAGUUUGUCGUGGUCAAGGUCUUGGAUUUGGAGUACCAGAGGGAGUGCGAGGCCUUCAACGCUUACAGACGCUUGCCUACGAGGCUGUCGAUCGUUGAGAAGAGCGUGUCCGUGUGGGACUACGAAUCCGUGUACUCGCCGAAAUCGCGAAACAAGCGAGCGGGUAGCCGCAAUCUUUUGCAGAACACUUGGCUGGACCCCGAGGUUUUGAUAAGGAGACCAAAGAACCGAGCGGAGCAGAUCGACAAGUACAGUCGCAUGAUUUUCCCCACCCUUUUCAUGGUCUUUAGUUUUCUCUACUGGCCGAUCCUGUUGCUGAAAAAGACCUGAGAAGAUACGAUUCGCUCCGCUUUUUCCUCUACGAUGGACGAUGGAGAGCUUGAAGCUUUUGUCAAACAGUCGACCUGCUUGCAUUGACGCGUUGUUAUCCAAGUUGUCGCGUUAUUUUCUUGAAUCUUAUGUAGAAACAUAGAGACGAUGUUACAUGCAAAUUUUUUCAAUAAAGUCGUUAAUUUUUUUCAUAUUAUUUAUCAAUC